AUAGUUGACCACAGCGCAACAUUUCCAAGCGAUAUAAAAGCUUGCCGCGGCGUUCGAUUGUCAUUACCAGUUUUGUUAGCCAAGUUAACAUAUCAAAAUGAAAUUAGCUGUCUUCGCUCUUGUACUCGGGCUGUGCCUUGCAGUCAACGCGGCCGUUGUAGACUACUCCUUGGAGGAUGAGGAAGUUAUCGAAUUCUCUCCCGCAGAGUUGCCCGAUGCGAUCACCGAUGCCUACCUUUUCGGUGGUGUUUUCGGACUCUUAAAGUCGACCAUCAAGACUGGUCUGCGUACCCUCAAGGGUGUACAUUGCACUAUCGAGCGGGUGAUCAGCAUUCGCACUGCUGGCCUUGAUUUCAUUCAAGACUUCAAGGAUUGCAAUAGCGCCGCUUUUAAGGACUUGAACAAUGUGAUUAAUCAAGUACAAACUGUGAUAAACACCUGCAACGAUAUUAUUAACCUGAAUGACAAUGUCUGCAAUAACGCUGACUAUAACGCCGAGACUGACGCUAAUACGAAGACAUCGAAAUCUUGCUUCAGCAAGUUGGUGAGCAAGAUGAUAACUCUGAAGAAGCAGGUGGGCAAAACCAUUACCCUCUCGAAGAAGUUGUCCUCCACACCAGGUGCUUAUGGCGCUUGCAAUGUGGACGCUGUAAAUGAUUUGCUCUCCGUAUUCACUGGAUUCCGCACCUUCGUCGUGCAGUGCUCGAAAUUGACCAGUUAAAUAUUGAUUAUUAUAAAUUUCACGAAAUAAAUAUUGAAAGCAUGCAAA